AUGGCAUCCCAGGGGCAAGGACCGGCCGUCAAGAAGCAGGCUCCCCCGGAACAGGGGGGUGAACAGCAGCAGCAGCAGGGGGGGGGUCAGCAGCAGGGCCAAGAAGGGGGGGGUCAGCAGCAGGGCCAGCAGGGGGGGGGUGAGCAGCAGGGAGAACCCAGGCCCCUGUCUCUGCAAGAACAGGCGCAGAAGGCGUCCAUGGCAGCGGUUCAGGCGCAAAAGCAGGCUCAGGAAAUGGCUAUGCUAGCGGCGCAGAAGCAGCAAGCGGCGCAGGAGCUGGGGAUGAAGGCAGCGCAGGAGACGCAGGUCAAGCAACAGGCGGCGGUGCAGGCGGCUUCGGAAGCCGCUCAGACCGCGGCCAAGGAGGCGGCCGCGAGCGCCAUUUCGGAGCAGGCGGCCGCGACGCGCGACGCGGCCGCGAAGACGUCCGAGGAGCAGAUGGCGAAGACGGCGGCGCAGCAGGCGCUGGCAGCGCAAGCGGCGCAGUCGGUGGUCGCGGGGAUGCCGCAGCAGCCGCAAGUUGUCGUUGCUCCAACGCCCGUUCCAACUCCAGUUGUCCCCGGUACGCCUCCCCUGGGCGCCGCUCUCAGCCCCCAGGCCCUGGCAGACGCCCGGCAAUCGGCGCUGCAAGCCGCGGCCGGGGGGCCCGCCGAGCACCAGGCGUUUAUGGCGCGCGCGGCGGCGACGGGCAUGGCGGCCGACGCGGCCGCGCAGCUGCUGACGGCCGCGCAGACGGAGGUCGCGACCGCGCAGGCGCAGCAGGCGGCCGCUCAAGGGGGAUCGGCGAUGGAGUCGGGGAGAUGA